AUGGGCCUGCAGAGCACCAAACACUCCAAAGUGAAGCCAGGGAAUAUAGUGAUGUUAGGACUUGAUUCUGCGGGAAAAUCCACGCUGCUGUACAAGUUCAAGUGUAACGAUGUUUUUCUAACAACUCCGACAAUUGGCUUUAAUGUUGAUAUGAUUGAAACCGCCAAAGAUUUUACUUUGACGUUUUGGGAUGUUGGAGGACAACAGAAAAUGAGGCAGGUUUGGUGCAAUUUCCUGGAAAACGCAGACGGGCUGCUGUAUGUCGUGGACAGCUCUGAUAAGCGACGUCUGGAAGAAUCAAAGAAGGAAUUUGAACUCAUUUUAAAGAAUGAAUUUAUGAAGAGCGUACCGGUCGUCGUGCUAGCGAACAAGCAGGAUUUGCCUGGAGCUUUGAACGCUGAGGAAAUAACCAGGAGAUUCAAGAUGAAGAAGUACUGCAGUGACAGAAAUUGGUACGUACAGCCCUGUUGUGCUAUCACAGGAGAAGGUUUAUCAGAAGCUCUCCAAAGACUCACGACAUUUGCAAAGUACUCCAGCAGGUCAAAGGAGACUUCUACAAUCUUUAAAGAACUUGAAACACACUGA